GAAGGAAUCUCUCUCAUCGUCGGUGGAGGUUUCCACGGCAAAUCUACUUUGCUCCAGGCACUGCAGCAAGGCAUCUACAAUCACAUUCCUGGUGAUGGACGAGAGCUUGUGGUCACCAACCCACAUGCCGUGACGAUCAGAGCUGAAGAUGGAAGGAGCAUACAGAAUGUCAACAUAUCUCCUUUCAUUCAAAAUCUUCCAUUCGGAAGACCAACCGUAGAUUUUUGCACCUCCGACGCUUCCGGAAGUACUUCCCAGAUGGAAAUGAUUGUGCUGCUGCUGCUGCUGAUCAUGAUUUUCCAUCGUCGGCUUUUCUUUGACCCUCAACCAGUUGGAGCCCAAGUCCUGCUUAUCGAUGAAGAUACCGCGGCAACGAACUUUAUGAUAAGGGACGAUAGGAUGACGAAACUUGUUGCCUCCUCCAAAGAACCGAUUACACCUUUCAUUCAAAAGGUG